GCGGCUGUUGUGCUUUGCUCUGUCCUUUGUUUCGUGCAGAAAUCACCUAAUGUAUACGUUGUCCGUCGUGUUCAUGCGUCUGAAAACAAGAUGAAGCCGUCAACUGUCACUGUAAAUAUAUCUCACUGUGGUGCGUUUGAAAUGACAAUGUUGUAAUUCAGGCGCUUUUGGAAAACGUUCUUGCGUAGGGCGGGUUUGCGGUUAGGCCUAACAGUCGAGCGUUCCUAAAGAUUUGUCCUAAGUCCACAAUGCCAAAAUACAAAGAACGAUAUUUGCGUGAAAAGGCUUCCGCAGAAGCUCGUGCUGCAAUUGAUUUGUUAAGUGAUACGACGGAAUGCACGCUAUCUCGUGUGCUCGCUAAUGUACCCGCGCCAGGAAAUGAAGGGGAGGUAGCUCACCGCAGUGACCAAGAGACAGCCGGUCCAAGUAGACGCGAACGCAUUCGAAAUCGUGAUUCUCCCGGGGGUAGUGUAGCAUAUGUCAGUGAACGUAACGAAAGCUUUACUACGUACAUGCCUGACAGUUCCUCAGACAUAUCAAGUGCUAGCGAAAAUGAACUAGACGCAUCUCAUAUCACGGCGGAGUUGCGAGAGUGGGCUGUUACUGAAGCUAUUAGGCAGACGUCAUUGACUAAGCUUCUAAAGAUAUUUCGACGUUACGAGCGCUUCAGCACCCUGCCCAUGGAUGCUCGGACACUCUUGCAGACACCCAGGAAUAGCUCCAAAGACGUUACUGAUAUGCCUCCUGGCCAGUACUACCAUUUUGGCUUAUUUCAAUGUCUCCAGCACAUUCUGGAAGGAAUCGAUGAAGUCCCAGAGCAUAUUUUGUUGACAUUUAACGUUGAUGGCCUUCCUCUCACAAAAAGCACGAAAAAUGAAUUGUGGCCAAUACAGUGUAAGAUUAUGUCCCUGCCAGAUGUCCCACCAUUUGUAGUUGGCACGUACUGCGGAAGCGGAAAGCCUUUUCAGCCAAAUGAGUAUCUCAGGAAAUUUAUUGAUGAGCUCGCUUGCCUCCUCAAGGAAGGUAUUUCUGUAAAGGGAUCAGUAGUCACUGCCGGAUUUCAUGCCAUGAUUUGUGAUGCCCCUGCACGUGCCUACAUAUAUGGAACCAAAGGUCACACGGGUUAUGCAGGAUGUCCCAAGUGCACAGACGAGGGAGAUUAUGGCGCGCAUCGCACGUAUUACUCUACCACUAGCUCGGCCUUGCGAACCGAUGAGUCCAUUCGCGCACAGUCAGAUGCUGAUCACCAUCGCAGCUUCUCAGUAAUAACUGAAUUACCAAUUGACGUUGUUAAAACAGCGCCACUAGAUUACAUGCAUUUGGUAUGCUUAGGCGUCAUGAAAAAGCUGAUCCUGCUUUGGGUUUCAGGCCCGCUGAGUGUGCGCAUUGGACCAUCGCAGAGAGCCAUUAUGAAUGAGAAUGCCCGAAGAAUUGAAAAAUGCAUUCCAAGAGAGUUUGCGCGCAAACCUAGGGCAGUAGAUGAGGUGGACCGGUGGAAAGCCACAGAGUUUAGACUGUUUUUGCUUUACACAGGCCCGAUCAUCUUGGAGCAAGUGAUUCCAAAACCGCUUUUCGAAAACUUUCUAACCUUGCAUUCUGCGAUAUCUAUAUUGGCAAGGGAGUACCUGUCUCAGUCGGAAAAUCAGUACGCCUCGGCACUUCUCUCUCAUUUUGUGCGUGCCUUCGCGGAAUUGUAUGGUCAAGAAUAUGUGUCGUACAACGUGCAUUGUUUGCUACACCUGGCACGUGAUGUUGAAAACCUGGGGCCCCUGGAUUCCUUCAGUGCUUUUCCUUUUGAAAAUAACAUGAAAAUUCUUAAAAGACAGAUCAGGAAACCAGGAGCUACACUUACUCAGCUCAUUAACCGCUUCAGUGAAAAGCAGCUGGCAAACAUAGGACCUGUUCGACAGGCAAAGGCAAAGCUUGGCCUUAGGAACUCGCACAGUCAUGGUCCACUAAUUGAAUCAUGCAGUUCACCACAGUAUGGUACCCUGAAAACGUCCAAUUUUCUGUUAACAACAAAUGGCCCAGACAGGUACUGCGUGAUCAAUGGGGACAUAAUUGAAGUGGAAAACUUUGCGACACUGCAGUCCUCGGGAAAGCCCUGUGCAGUUGGUAGAAAACUGACUCCUAUGCAUGACUUGUUCUCCAAACCUUUUCCUUCAUCAUUAAUUGGGAUGUCGUGUCAAAGGAACCAAAUCUGAGAGCCUGGCCACUACAAAACCCACAGAAAGCUAUUUGCCUGCCCUACAACUCCGCAUUGGUUGCCAUGCCCCUGUUGCACUUGCAGUAGGACAUGCAUGUGAGCUGAGAAUGAUUGUGGUAAUCAGGACCUGUGUGUGGAUGUGAGUGAGUAUGAGUGAGUAACGGAGUGCAUGUGAGUUAGCAAGAGGUCCAGUGGAAAUUAGAGUAUAGGUUAGCAAACGGAGUGAUUGCGCAUACAGAAAACAGUGCUAGUGAGCUAGCUAGCUAGCUUGAGUGAGUUUGAUUUCUUUUUUUUUUUUUUGCAAUGUGAGUGAGCGUGAAUGAGCACAAGCGAGUAGCAGAUAAGAGUGUCAAUAUCUCAAAUAACAUUUGUCUAUUUCUGCAUCUUAUGUUUCACUGAUUUCUGCCCUGGGCAGUGCAAAGGAGAAAAAAAAGAAAACACUUAGUAACGUAGCAUGGAUGGGCUUUUGCACUGGCUUGGUUCAGCUUUGGUGUGGCUUACUUUAGUCUGACCAGAAUGGCUACACACCGCAACAAGUGUUCCUGGAGUGCAAAAUUUAAGAAACUGAACUUGGUAACUUGAUUGGUACGGCCAUAUUUUGUCAUCGUGUGCUAACCCUUAUUUAAAUGUACCGAGCUGACAAAAUGGGCAGGCCAUGCUUUGGUCAAACUUACUGAUGACUACACUCGCUUGUGCUCGCUCAUACUCACUAUCAGUGAAUGAACUGAGUGCGAGUCUGUGAAUGAAAACAAAUGAAUGAGCAAAUUGUGGGUCAGGUGGCGUAGUGAAUGAGCAUGAGUGCGUGAGCAAAAAUUUCAGCCCAAUGGAAUGACCGUGAGUUGACAAAUGAAGUGUGUGCGGACUAGUAAGUUUGAGUGAGUCAGCGCAAAACUGAUCAGGAAUUGAAUGGCCAUGAGUAACUGAGUGACAAUGAGGACAGGCAGCGGUAAGUGGAGUCACCACAGAACUCGGGGAGCAUGAGUGAACAGGGAGGGGGUACCUGAUGGGUGUUGAUGAUGCAAAUUUUGUAUAUGUGCCUGGGUUUAAGAUUUGCUACUUCCAACCUGCAGCCGCCUUUUGCAAUUGUGCAUUUUGUGUUGCGCAAUGGAGUCGAAGUUAUCCCGUGCUCGUGGCUGUCCGGGAAUACAUGCAUGUGGCCAAACUUACCAAGCCACAAAGUCGAAAAGCUCAUAAGAAAAGGAUGUCCUCCUGGAAGUUCCUGCCAAGAACUUGAGGUGGAAGUGAAAGGAAUCUUCAAAUGUUACGAGGAUGCCAGAAAGAUGCUUUCCGUUUCCGAAUAUACCUCUGACCUCGUGGAUGAACUACCCCCAAAGAGGAUCAGACGUCCCAAGGUGUUCGAAAGUUCUUCAGAUGACGACUUUCCUUCGAUUCCUCCAAGCUUUGCAGCCAGGGAAAAGUUGCUUCCCAAACGCACACCAGUGCAUGCUGUUACCUUGGGUGACUCCGAACCUUCUACCCUUGUUGAUCACAGGGAUUCAUCUAUGACAGGGACACAUCGUGAGCACUGUCCAGGUCCAGCGGACUUUGAAGAAUAUUCGGAACUAGAGGGAGCUUCGUUCAGAACUGGUUGUGCAGGCGAUUCACCACCAAUCACUUGUAACCAACGAAGUAGCCAGGUUCCACAACGACAGCUACAUACCGAACCAGCACAUAGUGGAGCAAGAACUUUACCGGCAGCCAGUACAACUACUCGUUCACAAACGCAGGCAAUGCCAGACUGCGAGUUCCAAAGACAGGUCCUCAAGAGCCUCAACAUACUCCGUAUGGCCAUGCAGCAACAUGGUGAACUCCUAUCAAGCCUAGUUCCCCAGCAAUCUAGUCUCGUUGAGGCUCCGUUGCUCCUGUCAGAGCCACUUGACUCUGUAGAGGAUGUUGACAACUUCGAACGGCAACUCACACCUGAUCGUCAAAAACAGUUGGUGACUGAGCUAAUGUUGCUGGGAGGAAGCUCCCUGAAAUGUGCAGUCAAAAGGAUUCUAUCCCACAUGUUCACAGACAAACUUGCACAGCUUUACAGCUGGGAAGGAAGAAAAGGAAAAUUUAAAUUUGUGGACCUUACUUUGCCAGGUCUAAUCUUGCGUGCCCUUCACGCACAGAAAAAUUUUUCGAAAGUAACAGAGUUCGAGGUGCAGGUAGUUGCCAAGGAAUGGCUGAGGCAUGCUGGUGACAGGUGUAAAAGAGCCAAAAGCAUUGAGUCUGCAGUUGCGUAAACUGCCUCAGGAGGCUACUGCGUGGGCUGCCCCAGGAAUCUACCGCAUGAACUUCCCCAGGAACAAACUGUUAGCCACACCACAGAGGCGGGGUGCCCUACUGUUCUGAGACAAGGUGGAGAAAAUCACCAAAGAAUAAGUGGAUGUGUGGUGCCCUAAGAACAGUGGACAAGCAGUGGUCUUAAAAACACAGCUGAAUGUUGUUUGCAGCGGUUCAGUACAUUCAGUGGUAUCUUACUUGUUUUGACCAGUUACAUAUGGCUAAUUAGUACUCAUUGUGUGUUUUGAAUGAUAUUGGCCUGAAUGCCUUGUCAAUUGAAAAGUUGCAGCUCACAGACACCACUAAGGUGACUCCAAUUCCGCCAACUUGUCUGUACUUGAUUUUUUUUUUUUUUCAAAAAGCUUUUGAAUGAACACUGAUUAGAAGUGUAUAACUCUCACCUUAUAAUUUACAACUGCAAAAUAAUUCUGCUGCGUGAAAAAAGCAAUAUGUGCCACAUAACUGCCAAUGCAUGAUCUGCUUGUGGACUUUUACUGCAGUGUUUAUUCUAGCAAAGGAUACCUUUGAAUGUGUUAAUAAGAUGGUCGACCUCCCCAUUUUUUUUUUCAAAUAUAUAUUAAAGCCUUGUCCCUAGGA